AUGACCUGCCUCAGUGGGAAGAAGAUGUGCAAGGGCAUGGACCGGGCCUCUGCCUCUGUUGAGGAAGAGGCAGAAGGUUCUCCAGCCUUCAGAGAGCAGUUGCCAUCGACAGGGACACAGAGCCCGGUCCCUGCCCCACACAGCCCCUCAGAGAGUAGCGAGGCCCUGCUGGACACAAAGCAAUACAUCACAUGUGGGAUCGUGAAGAAGGCUGAGCUUUUGAUCCAGGCAUCCAGCCAGGAGUCAGAGGAACAGAGAAACCUGGAACAAAGCAUGGAUGCAGACACGGUAAAAACCGUUCCAGCAGAAAGGACAGAGAGCCCAGUCCCUGCCCCGCAGAGCCCCUGCUCCCCCAGUAGCCCCUCACCUUCCCAACUGAAAGCCCAGGUCCUCAGCGAGCAGGAGGAUGGAGCAGGAGGGGACUCCGUCCUGGCAGUGCAAGACACUGACGAGGGGCCCUUCCCAGGGGAGGGCAUAGGCUGGAAAUACUACGCUGACCAAGACAUUUCCCAGUGGGAAGAUGAGGGAGACCAAGAGUUGUCCCAAGACAUUAACACAUACCAAGAAGUGUCCCAGGGGGAAGACUGCAUUGAGCAGGAGCUGUCCCCUGGAGAAGUCAAGAGCUACCAGGAAUUGUCUGACUGGGAAGAAUACAGCGAGGAAGAGGAGCCCCAAGGAGAAGUGAAGAGCUACCAAGAAGUGUCCGACUGGGAAGAAAACAUUGAGCAGGAGCAGUGCCAAGGAGAAGAGAGUAGAGGCCAAGAAGUGUCUGACUGGGAAGAAUACGGCGAGGAAGAGCUGUCCCAUGGAGGAGUGAAGAGCUACCAAGAAGUGUCCGACUGGGAGCACUCCAGCGAGGAAGAGCAGUGCCAAGAAGUCAAGAGGCACAAAGAACUGUCCAACUGGGAGGACUCCCAACGAGGAAGAGCAAUGCCACGGAAAAGGCAAAACAUUAACACAUACCAAGAAGUGUCCCAGGGGGAAGACUGCAUUGAGCAGGAGUUGUCCCCUGGAGAAGUCAAGAGCUACCAGGAAUUGUCUGACUGGGAAGAAUACAGCGAGGAAGAGGAGCCCCAAGGAGAAGUGAAGAGUUACCAAGAAGUGUCCGACUGGGAAGAAAACAUUGAGCAGGAGCAGUGCCAAGGAGAAGAGAGUAGAGGCCAGGAAGUGUCUGACUGGGAAGAAUACGGCGAGGAAGAGCUGUCCCAUGGAGGAGUGAAGAGCUACCAAGAAGUGUCCGACUGGGAGCACUCCAGCGAGGAAGAGCAGUGCCAAGAAGUCAAGAGGCACAAAGAACUGUCCAGCUGGGAGGACUCCAACGAGGAAGAGCAAUGCCACGGAAAAGGCAGUAGCUCCCCGGAAGCGACCGACUUGGAAGAAUGCAGCAUGAAAGGGCAGCCCCCAAGAAAAUUCAGUAACUACCAAGAACACCUGCCCCGUGCCCACAAGUGCCGCUCUGCACCUCACCUCUCCAGCCGGAAACCCUGUCCCCCGGAGGCACUGAAGCUUCUCCUGCCUUCGACGAGCCAGGUCCCUGCCCCACGCAGCCCCUGCUGCCCCUCCAGCCCCUCGCCUCCCCAGCUGGAGGUUCAGGCUCUCAGCAGGCAGCUGCUGUCCCCACCAAACGUCUCCCCCGCUUCAGGCGGGCGCUCGGGGCUCUACUCAGGCUGUUCCGCUCCUGCAUGGCGGUACAGCCCCAGGAUUAGGCCCCGCUCCAGCGCCAGGCGGGCCCGGACACCUCUUCGCUGCUUCCCACACAGACGCUCACUCCACCACCCACCUGAGACAUUGAUUCCAAUGCCUGACUACUCCUGCAGGGAAUGA